UCUCUCUCAUAUGCAACUAUAAAUACGACUCCAGCGUCUUCAUUUUCAAUCGUUGAAAAUCUCAAUCUCAGACUCAGAUAGAGGGAAAAAAAGGAGAACUCAGUGACUUGUUAAAGACUCAUUCACAAAUGGCCGUCAAAGUGUAUAUUGUGUACUAUUCCAUGUAUGGACACGUAGAGAAACUUGCAGAAGAGAUAAAGAAAGGUGCUUCAUCUGUUGAAGGUGUUGAAGCCCAAUUAUGGCAGGUUGCUGAAACGCUGCCAGAGGAGGUGCUCGGCAAGAUGAGUGCACCACCAAAGAGUGAUGUACCAAUCAUUACAGCCCAAGAACUUGCUGAGGCUGACGGGUUUGUUUUUGGCUUCCCAACAAGAUUUGGUAUGAUGGCUGCUCAAUUUAAGGCUUUUAUGGAUGCAACUGGUGGUCUCUGGAGAACCCAACAACUUGCAGGAAAACCUGCCGGGAUCUUCUAUAGCACCGGGUCACAAGGUGGUGGACAAGAGACUACAGCGUUGACCGCAAUCACUCAGCUUGUUCACCACGGGAUGAUAUUCGUUCCCAUCGGAUACACAUUUGGCGCAGGUAUGUUCGAGAUGGAGAAGAUCAAGGGUGGAAGUCCCUAUGGUGCCGGAACUUAUGCUGGGGAUGGCUCGAGACAGCCAACUGAGCUGGAAUUGGAGCAAGCUUUCCACCAGGGGAAGUACAUUGCCAACAUCACAAAAAAGCUCAAGGGAAGUGCUUAAAUUUGGAUUUGGAUUAUAUACCAAUUACCAUAAACACAUUUACAUUACAUGGCCUUUCUUCCAUUCUUUUCACAUUUAGAAUUUGUAUUUCCUAUAUCUCUUAAGGUUUGCAAACAAUAAUUCCCGCUUUUUUUCGUAUAUGAUUUGUACGCGUGUUAUACAUACAGUUGUUUUUUCUCAAUGGUAAAGUUGUUUCAGGUUGCUUUGUAUUCGUAAUUUAAGACGAAAUAUUAUUAUUAGUGUGAGGAAUUGCAAAUGUCUUUUGUUUA